GGUGAUUGGCAGAGUGCGGGCGGGGCUGGCGGGCCGGGAGCUAUGUCGGAAUGGGGCUCGUUCUACCGGGGCGAGGGGACGGAGGAGGCGGAGGAGGAUGGGGAGAACGAGCAGCAGGAGGGGGAGGCUGUCGCGACUUCCAAGUUCUCGGGGCGGGACAGCCUGAUUUUCUUGGUCGAUGCCUCCAAGGCCAUGUUUGAGUCCGAAGGGGACGGCGAGACGCCUUUCGAGAUGACCCUGCAGUGCAUCCGGAAUGUGUAUACCAGCAAAAUUAUUAGUAGUGACAGGGACCUGCUAAGUGUUGUGUUCUAUGGCACAGAGAAGAACAAGAACGUGGCAGAUUUCAAGCACAUUUAUGUUCUUCAGGAACUGGAAAAUCCAGGUGCAAAGCGUGUUCUAGAGCUGGACCAAUACAGGGGUGAUGAAGGACGAGUACUUUUCCGCGAGACCUUUGGCCACAAUGCUGACUAUUCGCUGGGUGAAGCGCUCUGGGCCUGCUCCAACCUCUUCAGUGAUGUCCGAGUCAGACUGAGCCACAAACGGAUCAUGCUCUUCACCAACGAGGAUAAUCCCCAUGCCAAUGACAGUGCUAAAGCCAAGUUGGCCAGGACCAGAGCUUGUGAUCUGAGAGACACAGGUAUCAUCCUGGACCUGAUGCACUUGAAGAAGCCUGGAGGGUUCGAUAUCUCGUUGUUCUACAGGGACAUCAUAAAUGUAGCGGAGGAUGAGGACCUUGGGAUCCAACCUGAGGAGUCAGGGAAACUGGAACAUCUCAUGAAGAAAGUACGAGCAAAGGAGACAAAGAAACGGACUUUAGUCAGGUUAAAUCUGUACCUAAGCAAAGAUCUGUCACUUGCUGUUGGUGUUUACAACCUUCUUCAAAAAGCUUAUAAACCCUAUCCAGUGAAGCUUUAUCGAGAAACUAAUGAGCCGGUUAAAACAAAAACAAGGACAUUUAAUGGGAAAACAGGCAGCCUGCUCCUGCCCAGUGACACAAAAAGGGCUCAGACAUAUGGGAACCGCCAGAUUGUGCUGGAGAAAGAGGAAACAGAAGAAUUAAAACGGUUUGAUUCUCCAGGCUUGUUUCUAAUUGGCUUCAAACCACUUUCAAUGCUAAAACAGCACCACCAUAUCAAGCCCUCUCAGUUCCUCUACCCUGAGGAGUCUUUAGUAAGUGGGAGUACAACACUAUUUAAUGCCUUAUUGAUUAAAUGCUUGGAGAAGGAGGUGAUGGCACUGUGCAGAUACACCGCCCGCCGGAACACUCCCCCUCGCUUUGUGGCCCUGGUUCCCCAGGAGGAAGAGGUGGAUGAGCAGAAAGUGCAGGUGGCCCCUCCAGGUUUCCACAUCAUUUUUCUACCAUAUGCAGAUGACAAACGGAAUAUUGAUUUUACAGAAAAAGUGCCAGCCAGUCAAGAGCAGGUGGACAAAAUGAAAGAAAUAAUUCAAAAACUCCGAUUCAAAUACAGGCCUGAUAGCUUUGAGAACCCAGUUUUGCAGCAGCACUUCAGGAAUUUGGAGGCUUUGGCGCUGGAUAUGAUGGAACCAGAACAAGCUGAAGAUCUUACAAUGCCAAAGGUUGAAGAGAUGAACCGCAGGCUGGGCAACCUGGUGGAGGAGUUUAAGGAGUUGGUUUAUCCCCCUGACUACAAUCCUGAAGGGAAGGCUGUAAAGCGAAAACAAGCUUCUGAUGGUCAGACUGAGAAGAAGCCCAAGGUAGAAAUCUCAAAAGAUGAGCUGCGGAGUCACGUGCAGAAGGACACUCUAGGCAGGCUCACUGUGCCUGUUCUGAAGGAGGCAUGCAGGAUUUGCGGGUUGAAGGGUGAGGGGAGGAAGCAGGAGCUCAUGAACGCGCUAACCAAAUACUUUAAUGAGCACUGAUCAGGAGCAGAAGGCCCUGGUUGACUUCCAUCUGCUUAUUGUCUUUAAGUUGAUGCUGUGUCUGUUUAAUCUUGGAGGAGAAGGUGACAAUGUUGCCGCAUCUAACAGCGGAGAAACUUUUUACACUUAGUUGUGAAACAUCUGUGCAAAGUUGGAUUCUGUUCACAGUAGCCAAAGGCAGAAAUAAAUUUCCUGCUCGCUCAGGUCACCCACUGCGAGUAAACACAGUUGUGCCUUCCUUGUUUCUUAAUAAAGUUAUUUUGGACUUCUUAUUUUGCAUCACUGGCUGUGCCAUCUUUGCAUCAUAAAGACAGCGAAACUCACAAAACAGAGUGAUCUGUAUUAAUGACACCACAUGAAUUCAAGCUGCAGGUCGAGACUGUGUGCUAACAGAGGGUAUAAACGUGGUGUAUUGCUCUCCAAAACAGCCAGUCAGCACCUGUACUUCUUAAUUGAAUUGGGUUCUUUUCCAUCAUUGGCGUUAUAAAGGUUAUUGGCACAUCGUAAGGGAAAAAU